CUCUCUGUCUCGCUCUCUCUCUCUCUCUCUCUCUCUCUAGUGGUAGAUGAACAGAACAGACACACUCAUAUCCAGCACAUGUCUUCCUCCUCGUCCAUAAAGAGAGAGAACAGUGAGGAGCUGAAAGAGCCAGAACCACGUCACAUCAGUUUGAGCCCCACCACUUCCUCUAGCAUCGUCUUGGAGAAACCAGAGAGUCUCAGCCCUCCAUCCUUUAACGAGGAUCAGUGUUCAGAGAAAUGUGUACUGAACAAUUACUUUGGGAUCGGUCUGGAUGCUAAGAUCUCCCUGGAGUUUAACAACAAGAGAGAUGAACACCCCAAGAAAUGCAGUAGUCGUACUAAGAACAAGUUGUGGUAUGGGGUGAUGGGAACCAAGGAGCUGGUGCAUAAGACGUAUAAGAACCUGGAGCAACGGGUACUGUUGGAGUGUGAUGGUGUCUCUAUAUGUCUGCCCAGUCUUCAGGGACUAGCUGUUCUCAACAUCCCCAGCUAUGCAGGAGGAAUCAACUUCUGGGGUGGCACCAAAGAGGACAGCAACUUUGGCGCUCCGUCAUUUGACGAUAAGAAGCUGGAGGUGGUGGCUGUGUUUGGCAGCAUGCAGAUGGCUGUAUCCAGAGUCAUCAACAUCCAGCACCACCGCAUCGCACAGUGUCGUCAGGUAAAGAUCACUAUCCUAGGAGACGAGGGGGUACCAGUACAAGUGGAUGGUGAAGCAUGGAUCCAGCCCCCAGGGAUAGUCAAGAUCACACACAAGAACAGAGCUCAGAUGCUCACCAGAGACAGGAACUUUGAGAGGACUCUGACGUCAUGGGAGGACAAGAGGAAGAUUGACAGCUACCAUUCCUCCAGGCCCCUCCUCAACUCUCAGCAAUCUAUGGAAUACCUCACAGAGGAGGAGUGUGCCCAAGUUCAGCAGCUGGGCUUGGUGGCAGAUACGCUCAUCACUAGGAUAAGAGAUGCGGCUAAGACACACAAGCUGGUGGAACAGGAGUUGGCUCAUGCUGUUAACGCCAGUGCCCUGGUCCUCAGUGAAGCCUUCCCCUCCAAGCCGUCCAGCCCUGAGUGUCUGAGUCGCAGUACAGCAGUGGAGAUCGUGAACAGCAGUAGAGUCCUAAAGCUGGAGACCACGAUGCUGCUGGAGGGGAAACUACUGGUGGACUCUCCCCAGGAAGAGGAGCUCCUCUCUACUCUCAGCAGUCUGAGCACUGAACUCUGCAAGCUGGACGACAUACACUGGAUCUGCCCUGCCAUGCACUGCUCUGAGGAGGUGGCUGACACUGUGAGGGUGACCGGUAAGAGCAGUAUUAAGAUGAAGAUGAUGCCUAAGGUGAAGAGGGAGAGAGAGAAGCUCCACAAGCAGAAGUCCAAUAGCUCUCUGUCGGGAUCUUGGGAUAUUAAAGGUGGCGCAUAUGAGACGGCUCCUUCAGGCAAUUGAGGAACUUAACGCAAAUACUUAACAAGGUACACCCAUCACCAUGGCAGCCAGGGGAGGUGAGGGGUGUCACCCUCUUCUUCCUGCCGGAUGUGGGCUUUACCUACCGAGGGGUGAGAAGUACAGAAUGAUUCCACGACCCUCCCGCCUUUCAGCAAACACCUCCCCCUUGACUCUCGAUGUUCUCCAUUAUGAAAUUGGGGAGGAGUUGUUUUUAACUAGGGGGUGUGGCUUUGCAGCCUAUCACCAUUUUGGGUCCUGUUAUUGGUUCUAUUUGGCCUGCUGACCCAGGAGGUAGGCGUGGCUUCUUGAGACGAAAGCAGAGGAGGAGAGAUGCUCUCUUAGCAACUUGUUUCCUUGACGACGCAAUGUGUUUACGUAGGCGGAGCUCUCCUUUGCAUGACAUGAGCAGCCAUUUUGUUUUUAUUCUUAGAUAACUACCUUUGUUUGGCAGGCGUUUACACUUCCUCUUUUCUCUCUCUUUUGUCAUCUUUAUUGACUUUCGCGACAAUUUACAGGACUUUUUAGUUUCCUCAAGAAAUCUGAAGACUGAAGACGACUUUGCUUUCUGUUCCUUUCGCCGUAAGAACAACAAAAUGCAAAUGAACAACAUCUCAAAUUAUUCUCACCUGCUGAACUGGAGAGUCAUAAAUGUCAAAAGAAAAUAAUUGAGGAAUGUACUACAUGUGUGCGUGUUACCUUGUGAAUAUUAAUUUUACCGUGUGAAUAUUCAUAUUACUGUGUGAAUAUUUGUACUACCGUGUGAAUAUUCAUAUUACCGUGUGACUAUUCAUACGGUAGUAUGACUGGCCUACAUGGUACUGCAGUAGCUACUUACUGUAAUAUUCAAGCCACUAUGACCAUCUGAUGUCUCCAUCCCUGCAUGCCUUCCACUCUUAACUAUCCAAUGAGAUGGAAGAAGUAGCCCACUAGACACUGAUCUAAGGUCAAGAUUAGAAGGGAAAUCUGAUCCUAGAUCUGUGGUUAGGACAAACUUUCACCAUGAGCUUAUACAUUCCCUAAUGAUCUCGAUUGAAUAUAUAUAUAUAUAUAUAUAUAUAUAUAUAUAUAUAUAUAUAUAUAUAUAUAUAUAUAUAUAUAUAUAUAUAUAUAUUCUCUUGUAGAAAUUGGGUAGCGCCUUAUCUGAAGACACUUCUAUAAACUGUAUAAUUUUUUUUAUUACGUUAUUAAUAGGAAGAAUAAAUUCAUAAAUAAGAAUAAAUUAAGAAAUGGAUACAACAUUUAUUACAACGUCCUGUAAUAUCUUGAAGAUUUAUUUAAUCCGUUUAAUGCUGAACAAACUUGAAAUAAUGAUGUUUCUAGUCAAUCAGAUAAACUGUUAGCGAUAUGAAUGUGCUACGGUACCAUUAGCAUGCUACUGUUAGAGGCUUUAAUGAGGUACCUUUACAUGUGUGGACAGUUUCUUACCGGGCGCACUGGUUUUAAAUGACAUAUGACGAUUGUGUGUGUAUGUGCAAAUGACACUGUGUGUGUGUGUGUGUCGUUCAUUUUACUGUGUCGUUUGAGUUUACUGUAUGUUGCCUUGCACUUUACAAAGCGAAACUUAAAGAACACAUUUGUGCGUGUGUUGUAAAGUGACCGUUCACUUGUGGUUUUUAUUGCUAUGACAACGGUCCCUCUCCGUUGUAUUUAUGACAAAUCUAUACAGAGAUCAAUGUGUGUUAAUAUAUAAAUAUAACCAAACAAAUGUUAAAGUGUGUAUGUGUGUAUAUAUAUAUAUAUACAGUACCAGUCAAAAGUUUGGACACCUACUGUACUCAUUCACGGGUUUUUCUUUAUUUUUACUAUUUUCUGCAUUGUAGAAUAAUAGUGAAGACAUCAAAACUAUGAAAUAACACAUGGACUCAUGUAGUAUUUUAGAUUCUUCAAAGUAGCCACCCAAUUCCCUGAUGACAUCUUUGCACACUCUUGGCAUUCUCUCAACCAGUUUCAUGCGGAAUGCUUUUCCAACUGUCUUGAAGGAGUGCCCACAUAUGCUGAGCACUUGUUGGCUGCUUUUCCUUCACUUUGCAGUCCAACUCAUCCCAAACCAUCUCAACUGGGUUGAGGUCGGGUGAUUGUGGAGGACAGGUCAUCUGAUGCAGCACUCCCUCACUCUCCUUCUUGGUCAAAUAGCCCUUAUACAGCCUGGAGGUGUGUUUUGGGUCAUUGUACAGUUGAAAAACAAAUGAUAGUCCUACUAAGCGCAAACCAGAUGGGAUGGCGUAUCGCUGUAGAGUGCUGGGUAAGUGUGCCUUUAAUUCUAAAUAAAUCACAGUCAGUGUCACCAGCAAAGCACCAUCACACCUCCUCCAUGCUUCACUGUGGGAACCACACAUGCAGAGAUCAUCCAUACAUCUACUCUGAGUCUCACAAAGACCCGUCAGUUUGAACCAAAAAUCUCAAAUUUGGACUCAUCAGACCAAAGAACAGAUUUCCACCGGUCUAAUGUCCAUUGCUCGUUUCUUGGCCCAAGCAAGUCUCUUCUUAUUGGUGUCCUUUAGUAGUGGUUUCUUUGCAACAAUUUGACCACGAAGGCCUGAUUCACACAGUCUCCUCUAAACAGUUGAUGUUGAGAUGUCUGUUACUUGAACUCUGAAGCAUUUAUUUGGGCUGCAAUCUGAGGUGCAGGUAACUCUAAUGAACUUAUCCUCUGCAGGAGAGGUGAAUCUGAGUCUCCUUUUCCUGUGGCGGUCCUUAUGACAGACAGUGUCAUCGUAGCGCUUGAUGGUUUUUCCUGAUUGACUGACCUUCAUGUCUUAAAGUAAUGAUGGACUGUCGUUUAUCUUUGGUUAUUUGAGCUGUUCUUGCAAUAAUAUGGACUUCGUCUAUUACCAAAAAGGGCUUUCAUCUGUAUACCACCCAUACCUUGUCACAAAACAACUGAUUGGCUCAAACUCAUUAAGAAGGAAUGAAAUUCCACAAAUUAACUUUUAACAAGGCACACCUGUUAAUUGAAAUUCAUUCCAGAUGACUACCUAAUGAAGCUGGUUGAGAGAAUGCCAAGAGCGUGCAAAGCUGUCAUCAAGGCAAAGGGUGGCCACUUUGAAGAAUCUAAAAUCUAAAAUAUAUUUUGAUUUGUAUAACAUUAUUUUGGUUACUACAUGAUUCCAUAUGUGUUAUUUCAUAAUUUUUAUGUCUUCACUAUUAUUCUACAAUGAAACAAAUGUAAAAUAAAGAAAACCCCUUGAAUGAGUCUGUGUGUCCAAACUGUUGACUGGUCGUGUAUGUGUUUUGCAGGGUUGCAAAAUUCCGGUAACUCCCCAAAUUCCCAUGUUUUGUAGAAAUCUUGAUUGGAAGAUGUUUUAACCAGAAGGGAGUCCAGGAAUCCUCCAACAAGGAAAGUCACAGGAAAUUUGCAACCCUAAUGUUCUUAGUUUACACAUCCUAAUCUCAUGGAACAAACAUAUUCUCAAAAAUUUUACUGCAAGGUUAAAAUUUUACUCCAAUGUUAUGCCAACCGUUCCUUAGCAACGGCUUCUGUGUCUGUUGCGCGGUACUAGGAUAUCGGUACUGAACAGUAUUGAAAUAUUCACGUGACAUUAAAAUAUAUAGCUGUCAAUCGCCAAGGUACUGAGAGGAACGGAGGACAAUGCAACAACGUAUCAAGUCAUUAGGAAAUGAUUUGAAAACGUCUUGUCGGACUACAUGUGUGUAACAUGUAAUAUGCCACGGUUGUGUGUUUGACGACAAGGUUUUUGUGAACUCACUUUGUCUUGUGAACUCCCCCCCUUUACAGACAGAAGGACUCUCCUCUGCAAUGCUCAAAGCUGGACUGGAUGUUGCACGUUGUCUGUUAAUUGGUUCUGCUGGUUGAUCGCUGUAACCAGGCUGGGAGGUUAGCCUUUGGACCUAACAUUAUUCCGUUGUCCUAAGUGUCAAGAUGUUGUAUAUUAUACUAUUUAAUGGUAUAAAUUGAUAAGAAGGGAUGUGAUUUGUGAAUUGAAUCUUGAAUUGAAUUGUGAAUCUUUGACGUCAUCAUGUAUUGGACUUGAUUGAGUGUUCCAAAUAUACGUUAUUUCAUCUUA